CUUUCAUUUGCAGCAACAACCCCAGAGUUGGCUGAUAAGAAAAAAUAUCCGUAUUUCUUCCGGACAGUGCCAUCUGAUAAUGCAGUGAAUCCAGCAAUUUUGAAGUUACUGAAGUAUUAUCAGUGGAAGAGAGUAGGAACUUUAACCCAAGAUGUACAAAGGUUCUCUGAGGUGAGGAAUGAUCUGACUGGCGUCCUGUAUGGUGAAGACAUCGAAAUUUCAGAUACUGAGAGUUUCUCCAAUGAUCCUUGCACAAGUGUAAAGAAGCUUAAGGGUAAUGACGUUCGGAUAAUCCUUGGCCAGUUUGAUGAGGAAAUGGCUGUGAAAGUUUUCUGCUGUGCUUAUGAUGAAGAAAUGUAUGGCAGCAAAUAUCAGUGGAUUAUUCCGGGAUGGUAUGAAAACCUUUGGUGGGAAUCCUGGAUUAAUUCCUCACAAUGCCUCAGCAAAAAUCUUCUUGCAGCCAUGGAAGGUUAUAUCGGGGUGGAUUUUGAGCCUCUCAGCUCAAAAAUCAUAAAGACCAUAUCAGGAAGGACUCCACAGCAAUAUGAAAAGGAAUACAAUGCUAAGCGUGGGGAUGGGCAAUCCAGCAAAUUUCAUGGUUAUGCCUAUGAUGGGAUAUGGGUGAUUGCCAAGACCUUGCAGCGGGCAAUGAAGUAUCUGAAUGCCACUAACAAGCACCAAAAAAUUGAAGAUUUCAACUAUACAAAUCACAAACUUGGCAAAAUUUUUCUGGAUGCUAUGAAUGAAACCAACUUCUUUGGAGUAACG